UGCACCGCCCGCCUAAUCAAUUCAAGAUGGCAGCCAUGCGCAGGGGAUGGUGGUCGCGGCUGUUACCGUGGAGGUUGCUGCAGGCCGGUGGCUUUCCACUAAAUUCUACACCCGGCCUGGGCCUGGGAGCGAGGACUUAUUCUCAGGGCGACUGCUGGUACUCGCGCACGGCGCUCUAUGAUCUGCUCGGCGUCCCCUCCACAGCCACGCAGGCCCAAAUCAAGGCGGCUUACUACCGUCAGUGCUUUCUCUACCACCCGGACCGCAACUCUGGGAGCGCGGAGGCUGCCGAGCGCUUCACGCGCAUCUCCCAGGCCUACGUGGUGCUAGGCAGUGCCACCCUCCGUCGUAAGUAUGAUCGCGGCCUCCUCAGCGACGAGGACCUGCGCGGACCCGGCGUCCGGCCCUCCAGGACGCCCGCACCCGACCCCGGCUCGCCGCGUCCCCCGCCGCCCACCUCUCGGACCUACGCCGGUUCUCGGACCGCCCCCGGCGCCAAUCGCACGAUGUUCAACUUUGACGCCUUCUACCAGGCCCACUACGGGGAACAACUGGAGCGGGAACGGCGCCUGAGGGCCCGGCGGGAGGCCCUUCGCAAAAGGCAGGAGCAUGCGUCCCUGAAAGGCCUCCGCUGGGAGGAGACCCGAGACACGGCUGCCAUUUUCCUCGUCUUCUCAAUCUUCAUCAUCAUCGGCUUUUAUAUUUAAUCGGAGAGAUGAGGGAAGGGGAAUGUCCCCAGCCAACCCCCCAAAAACGGCCAUUUUUCCUGCCUCUGAACCCUUGGCCAUUGAUAGUCUAACCUCUGCUGGGAUCCGAAGGAACUGUACUCCCCCUGCCCUCCCCGACCCCCCCCAGCUUAGCCGAUGACCUGCACAUCCCUCCACUAUGGUCCAGAAAAGGAGGUCUCUCGACGUCUAAGAAAAAGGCCCCACGCUGAAGAGUCCCGAAAGCUCAGGAGUUAAGGGGUUCCUGGAGUCUCUAGGGUACUUCUUCCAGAGUUUGUCUUCCUGCUUCCAGAUGUAGUCAACUUCUGGACAGUCGCUGUAGCUUUAUUGUAAAGCCCCGAGCAAGAUUUAUCUGCUCCUGCCCCGCGUGUGUACGGUGGGCCUCCUCUGUAACCUUGAAAUGUGCAAUGUGACCAAUUGUUGGCUGCCAAAAGAAAAGGUUCGGGGUUAUACGAAACUUGUCUUUCUGUGAGUUCCCCAAGCCGCAGGUGAGACCUGGUCCAGGGUAAGAAUGGGAUCAGUGGAGAGCCUGCCAUUCCUCCAGCUAAGGUCAGGCCCCUGGGGCACUCCCCCUUCUGUUGAUAGCUUGUGGGAGUGAGAAAACAAAGUCACUGAGCAUAAGGAAUGAGUGUUCCUGUGCCCGUAUUUAAUGUGUGAUUUGGAGAAUUUAAAUUUAAUCUGUGGGAAUGACAGCAGAGGAGAAAAUCAUUUGGCAUCUUAAGGUCUGUCAUGCUUUAUUACCAUAGUUUUGGGUUUUUUGUUUUGUUUUGUUUUGUUUCUGAGGUGGAGUCUUGUGCUCUGUUGCCUAGGCUAGAGUGAAGUGGUGCGAUCUUAGCUCACUGCAACCUCCACCUCCCAGGUUCAAGCGAUUGUCCUGCCUCAGCCUCCUGACUGUGUAGCUGGGAUUACAGGCUCCUGCCACCACACCUGGUUAGUUUUUUGUUAUUUUUAGUAGAUAUGGGUUUCACUAUCUUGGCCAGACUGGUCUGGAACUGCUGACCUCAGGCUGUCUACCCGCCCGGCCUCCCAAAGUGCUGGGAUUGCAGGCAUGCGCCACCACGCCCAGCCUAUUAGCCAUAGUUCUAAUCCAUAGGGAUUACAGCAUGAUGCUAGCAGGGCCAGGUUCAUCCUUGGGACAGUGUGGCUGUCACCUGGUCCUCCCUUUACCAGCCAGCCCCAUUGCACACUGUGCAGCCCCUCCCUUCCCAGAAACAGAGUGACAAACUCCGCGCUUGAGUCCCCUGUUCCUGUUUAACCUGCAAUGCUUAUCACAGGCCCUUUUUAAAAUUUUUUAGAUGAGGCUGCUUGAGGCUGCGGUAAACUUUGGGGCUUUGGGAGUACACAGGACUACUGAGGGACGGGGGCUUGGUGUUUAAGGUGGAGACUUGGUUGUUAACGCAGAGCUGGCUAAAGGUGUGUUGUUUUUUUCCACUCUGUUUCUAACUCAUGUUAAGUAGUUGGUCAUCACUUUGGUCAGAGCUGCUGCUGUAGCUCUCUUAACUGUGAGUCACUGGAUGUUGGCAGUGAGUUGGCUGUGAGAUUGUAGGUGCUCAAGUGUUUAUGCACCGGACUGAGUGUCAAUCUGUAAAAGGGGAAAAUCCUCGCAAGAGGUCUAUGAGAAGGAUGAGGGCCCAAGUCUAGGGUCUAAACAAAGCUAGGAGUGGUUUGGUAUAUUACUAAGUGCAAUAAUUGCAUGCAAUUCCUGCACUCAAUGUAUUGUGUAAAAUCCUCAGAUAAAAUGGGAUAAACCCACAGCUGGUCCUA